GUUUCGCAAGAAACGGCCGGUAUUGAUUGAUUCGCUGAGCCGAAAUUGACGCUGUGACGUCACGGCACACAGGUAAAUCUACUUCCAGGUGUAUAGGCCAUAAGCUGCUGAUUGUCACAGGUGAUAUUGCCCCCAAUAAGCUUCAUAUCAAGGUUUAAGAAAAUCCCCAAUAAAACUUCACAAUGUGUCAAGGCCUAGCUCGGUGUUUCCUCAUUGUCUUCAACAUAAUAUUCUUGAUUUUUGGUGUCUUAUGUCUUGGCAUUGGCAUCUGGGUCGUCGUUGACAAGACCCAUGUGAUCUCCUUGUUCCGGUACUCGAGCGACAAGGUAGACGACUUAAAGGCUUAUGACGUGCCGUCUCUGCUGGAGAGUGGGGCCUACAUCCUCAUUGCCGUGGGGGCCCUCGUCUUCGUCAUCUCCGUCUUCGGCUUCUGCGGGGCCAUCAAGAAGUCCAGGUGCUGCCUCAUCACGUACGGCGUGUUGGUCGGUAUCAUCCUGGUCAUACAGGUAGCUGCAGGAAUUGCUGUAGGCGUGUUCAGUAGCCAGUUCGACAGCUUUGCCAAACCGUUCCUGAAUGAGACAAUGCCAGAGAAGUAUAAGGGACCUUACGAUCGCAGUGACGUCAUCUCUUUUGCUCUGGACGUUCUGCAGGCAUCGCAAGAAUGUUGCGGGAUAAACGGUCCAGGCGACUUUGUUAAUUACCAUAAUUUCAACAAGACAUGGAAUGGUGCUGCUGAUGCCGUCAUUCCAUUUACCUGCUGCAAGUCAACCAAAAAGGACUCCUUCCCCGACAGUAUGGAGGACUACAUGGGUGCCCUUGUGGACCAAAACUGCCCGACGGAUGUAACUAAGGGCUACCAAGAGGGUUGCUAUGAUAAACUGAGAGAGCUGGCCCAGACCUAUUUCGCCGGCGUGUUGGGCGUGGCCAUCGGUGUUGCCGUAUUAGAGCUCAUCCUGAUAAUCGUGGCCUGCUGUAUUGCCAAGAAUGACCCUGACGGAAAGAUGGUCUAGACGGCCCUGACGGAAAGAUGGUUUAGAAACCCGGACAGGAAGAUGAUUUAGAUGUCGCUGACGGGAAGAUGGUUUAGAUGGGGGUGGGAUGGGGGAACAGAACUACACGGCUGCAUGGGCUACUGGUCGACAAACAAACAACUGAUCACAUUAGGCAAGAUCACAUGCCCUUUUCUUAAGCCUGACGGGGAAUGACGUUAGUGUUUGUGACGAUUGUUAAUACAGGUUACAGCUCUGUACUCUCCGAGCCGUGACACUAGACAUUUUAACACUUUGUAUUUAUCAUCUUAGGGUGAAGUAUCAGUUCUAGAAAAGUGGUAUGAGUUACGCUGAUAAUUGCGACAUCCGUGCAUAUAACCUCGGUUUCCUUUGUUAAAACCAUAUAUUUGUUAUAUAACAUUCACGACCCGUGGCCUUACAAAUGUGUUGUUAGCAAUAUUACUCAGCCUUAUAGUAUACUGUUGUCCCGAUACCUGAUUACAUGAUAUGGCUGGCAAAGCUACGGGGAUGAACGCAGUCGGUGGCCGCGGUGGUGUUCUGCUAUGCAGAUGGGGUUGCACAAACCCUCAGUUCGGUGGGUUUAAUCAUUCAGCGCCGCAAAGAUCCAUUAACAAUUCACGACGUAUUUUUCCACAUCACCACAGCUGAAACUGUCAAGCGGAUCAGUGAACUUCUGAUAAAGAACAAAACCAACAGACGUGUCAAUUGGGGUCUUUCGUUUUUUGUUGUUUAAUGUCGUACUCAGCAAUAUUCCAGCUGUAUGACGGCGGCCUGUAAAAAAUCGAAUCUGGGCCAGACAAUCCAGUGAUUGACAUCAUGAGCCUCGAUCUACAAAAUUGGGAUACGAUGGCAUGCGUAAACCAAGUCAGCGAGCCUGACCACCCGAUCCCGUUAGUCGCCUCUUACAACAAGCAUAGUCACCUCUUACGGCAAGCAUGGGUUGCUGAAGACCUAUUCUAACCUGGAUCUUAACAGGUUCUUUCGUUAUAACAAGAAUAUAUUCUACCCAUAUCUUCCAUUGUGAUAUCAUAUUUAGAUAUCGACUUAAGGCAGUAUAAUCAUUAUACAUUACAUGUAUGUAGUAUUUGUUACUCGUUUGUAUAAUGCCGAUGCAACGUUACAUUUUGACUCAAUCACUGUUACACGUUUGGAACUUGCAAGGUGUUAUUAUGAAGAAACGGAAAGUGUUGUAAGUAAACCUCUAAUAAUUAUAAUGAUUUUAUCUCUCUUACCCCCAAAACGCUUGCCUGACCAUGAAAAAAGAGAGAAAAACAUUGAAAGAAAACUCGACGCAUUUCAUGGGGUUGUUUUUGGUGUACUGGUUGUGUUCAGUGCGUUCCCGAAGUGUAUCAGGGAUAAGCAAUGUGUAGCCCAUAGCUUUGCCAGCCGACUCAUUUUGUUAAUGUUAUUGUUUUACACCUGUUUAUCCUCCACUGAGCAUUCAUACAUAAAUGUUUAUUAUUCGAAAUAUUAUUUUCAUUGUUAUGAAUUCACACACCUGUCGUAUCAACUAAAUGCAGCCACAGCAGCUGAUUAAUUGCCACGCCCAUCUGAAGCCGGACAUUGGCAAUACUUUUAGUGAGGCUCGCUGCUUAUACACUGUGGAGUUGACACCUUGUUAGCGCGACAUGCAUUGUAAGAAAAUAUCGCAUGCUUGGGUCACUAGUGGUUUACAUUGUGGUCAUUCAGAACAAACUGAUCAUGAUCAACACAUGGAAAUAUAAUCCGAAAUUGUUUGACAGAUUAAAACAUGUAUAACAACAUAUUUGUACCAAAAUAAGAACACCCAAAUUAAAUGAAAUGCUUGUGCUAUAUCCUUCAACUGAAUAGCGGUGUCGUGCGCCAUGUUUUACAGUGGGUCAAAACUAUUGCUGGGGUGAUGUCUCGCCAUGAUCGUUAUCCAUAAAGUUGUCAACUCACACGACAGUGCGUGAGCUGUUAUCAUACGUAGUUAACUAGUGGACUGGGUGCAUAUCUUCCGGGUCCAUUUAGUUUUGUUCGUCCGUGUUCUUACAAUCAACACGGAAGCUAGUUCUUAUCACAUUGAAUCACCUGUAGCACGCUUGAUAGCAUUAUGUUUUUGUGAAUCUAUUUCUCAUUCGUGUAAAUACACAUGUGGUAGUUUUAGGGUGUCUGUAGCCUGAUUUUCCUGCUUCGUUUUUAUCACAAAUUCUCUGAAAAAUGUCAGAUUGUGCUGUGUUUUUGUCAACUCUCAGAUUGAGAACAAGUGUGUUAUAUCGCACCUACAUCGUACGAUACAAAACCAUAGUACCACUAUGAACCACUAUGAACCCGGCUGUGUUCGCUGUUAUGAAUGUCCAGUCGUGAAAUAUGUGUCAUUAAGUAUACAGGUAGGUAUACAGGUUGUCAAACACCUCCUGGUUUUCUUUAUUUUUUGUCAUUACAAACAUAGAAGCAUUGUUUUUGUCGUUAAAUAAUAAAUACAUACACAAAAUA